GACACUAGCCAAAGCCACAAAAAUUUAGCUUUAAAUAGGGAAAUCCCAAGUAGACCUUUUUCUCAGCUAGAUGUGUAUCUGUCUUUGGUAAUGUCAAAGGAGAACUCAUUAUGAAGAACCAUCCAGAGCUAGCUGGAGGUGAAACCAGCUAUUUCUCCCCAACGCCUAGCCUCUGCACCCUUCUGAUUCUUGCUUUGUGUUUUCUUGUCGCCUCACCUUCAAAUGCAGGUCUCUCUUUUGAUUUCUAUGCAGCUUCCUGCCCUACUGCUGAGUUCAUGGAUAAAAACACACUGAGGGCUGCUCCAGCUAUGGAUCCAACAAUCCCUGGGAAGCAACUGGGUGCUAUCUGGGUGCUAUCUGCAGCAUCAAUCAAAUAUGAAGGCAAAACAAGGAAUGUUCUGGGUUAUCAUACAGUUGAGGAAGAACAGAUAAGCUGUGCCU